CGGAAGUAGAAUUCAAAGUUGCCACUAAAAAUAAAAACAAACCAAAACAUGUUGUUUAUUCAUAAUUUACCAAGUAAUCGGUUGCUUUAAUUAUGGAUAGCAGCUUAGAUUUGCAAUACGAUCGCCUUCUUGGUGAAGGUUCCUAUGGGAAAGUGUUCUUGGUCAAACAGCAAGACGGACAGCAGUUUGCUGUCAAAGAGAUUGAUUUGGCAAAAUGUGACGAAAGUGGACGUGAUCAGGCUCACGGCGAGGCUAAUCUUCUAUCACGUAUCAAACAAGACAAUAUUCUGAUCUAUGUAGAGUCUGUGAUCUGUGACGAAUGCCUUUACAUUGUGACAGAAUAUUGUGAAGGUGGGGAUUUAGAGGACUACCUGCAAGUUGUCUCCAAAAAAGGGGCCAGUAUCCCAGAAUCCCUUGUCUCUGACUGGAUCUUGCAGCUUGGUGGAGCUCUUAAGUAUUUGCAUGAUCAGAAGAUUCUGCACAGGGAUAUGAAGACAAAAAACAUUUUCCUGAAGGAAGAUUUGGCUGUAAAGCUAGGAGAUCUGGGGAUUGCAAAAGUGUUGGAUUUGAAUCAGAGUAAAGCUGACACAUUUAUAGGAACGCCGUCAUACAUGAGCCCAGAAUUGUUCUCUGGACAGUCCUAUAAUCAUAAGACUGAUAUCUGGGGAUUGGGAUGCUGUGCCUAUGAAAUGAUGACAUUAAAACGAGCAUUUCAAGGGAAAGCAUUGUGGACUCUAAUACGAGAAAUAAAGAAUGGGCGAGUGCUUCAUCUGCCAGACACAUACAGUUUAGAGAUUCGCACACUUAUACAGGAGAUGAUGUCACAGAAACCAGAAGACAGGCCAAGUGCCAAGGAAAUUGUGCAGAAUGAUUUAUUGUCGUAUCAUAUGGGUACUGCACAUGAUGUGAUAAAAACCUUACCACGUCCGCACGAGCAGGUUGAAAAGAAACGGCGGACUCGCUCUUCACGUGCAAUAGGUGGCUCAGGGUCAGGGUCAUUAAAACAGGUGCUUCUACAAAUGAACCAAUCGCAAGAGGAAAAGUUUAAAAAUACUAUUGAAAAUGUGUGCGAAAAAAUUAACACAUUAAGACUAUCCGAAAAGGGUACAAUGAAUGACGAAGCAUUUGAUACUUUUGUUUAUAAAGGUGAUAGUGAUAGUGAGGAAGAAUUAGAAGCUGCCGGUACAAUACUCGAUAAAAGUUUGUUAAAACAGUAUACAGAACAGCUAGAUACGUUUGUGUUCAAGGGAGAGGGGAUUCUAGAUUCAGACAGUGAUUAUUCUACUGGAGGGUCGGUCAAAAAUAAAAGUUCAAAAGACCAUAUAGAAGACGAUGAGGAUGAUGUUAGUCGGACUUUAUUGAAACAGUAUUCUCAAACGUUAGAAGAAGAUGGUGAGGUGGAGGCGGAGGUGGAAAAGGUUUCUGAGGGUGAGGGUAAUGGACAGGUGGAGGAUGAGGAUUCAGGUUGGGGGCGUUCAAAGUCCCCAGCGACUAGUACAAAUUUUGAAGAAACCUUUGUCAGUAAAUAUCAGUAUAAAGGGCUUAAAGAUACACUUGCUAUAAGACCUGACAAGAGAUGGUCUAAGUAUCAAAGCGAUUCGAGAGAUGUGUUUUCUCCUAACCGCAUUGUAGAGGAGAAAAGUUCAAAGAAAAAUGUUCAAAAAUAUGAAAGUGAUACUGUCAGAAAAUCUCCGGGUAUACCAAAAGGAAUUUCGUUGUCGGCAUCAAUGUCGAGUACUGACUCAUUAAGUGCAUCUAGGCAGAAAGUAGCAGACCCUAGAUUGAAUAGAACUCUUAGUUUAGAAAAUAAAUCUUCAAAGUCAAAAACAGGAAAAAUGAGAACUUGUGACAGAAUUGAACAGUCUGCUAAAAGUACUGCAGUAAAACAAAAAUCUCCAAAAACAGCUUUUGUAGAUAUUGAACCCAUUUUGUCUGAUGAUUAUGUUGAUGAACCGGAUGUUAAUGUUAAAGAUGUUGUUGCACAUUUACGUGAAAAUAUAACACCAUAUACCUCCGUGGACUUACAUUCUGAGACAAUCCGGUCACAUGGUUCUGAUGAUAUGAUGCAUAGCCAGGAACUUUCUCCAAGUAAAGGAAAGAAGAAAAAAGCCAAUUAUCUUAAGAAACAAUCAGAAGCAAAGAGACAGACACAGGAUACUGUACCAACACAGGAGAAUGGUAGUGGAGAUAAGAAUGUUCAGUUGUUCACUCGAGCACAGUCGGCGAGGUUCAGCAAAUCUAACAGUGCAGAAGACGAAGAAUCUGUUGUGAUAUCUGGUCAGAAUGGUAAACACUCGAUCCAGGAUAUUAUCAACUGUAUUCAGAAAGGUUGUAGUGAUACAUUAAGGAAUGAACAGAUUUUGGUUGUACAACAUGAAUUGACUUCUGGAGUUGGCUAUGACAAUCUUAGAAAGGUGCUAGAUAUUAUGAGCAUGAUCAGAGACGAGCAAGAAAUGCAGAUGCACAUCACCCAUGUUCUUGGGCCUAAACUGUAUGAAGAUUAUAAACAUCAUCUGACAGUAUUACGCCUUCUAGAAGGUCAAGGUUAAGCAGCAUCUGGUAGUCAUAAUUUCUCGGGUUAUGUGUAAAUCAUUACCUUUCAGUCAAAUAUUGUCAUGGUCACUGCCAAAUGUCUAAAUGCAUUUAUUAGGGAAUAGCAAUAAAACUUCUUAGGUCUUAGUUUAUAAAAUAGAGUUUUGAAACCAGUCUCAAAAUUGCAGCAUCUGAUUGGUUGUGUUAAUUAACAAUCUCGAGAUUGGCCAAUGGCAAGGCUGCAUUUUUAGACUGGUCUCAAUGCUCACUUCGAUUGUAGUUGGAGCUGUGCAAUCUGUAUAGUGGCCAGUUCUCUGUAUAAAACAUGUCACAAUAAAAGAAAUGCUUGUGUCAUUCAUUUCAACUUUUCAGUAUCAUACUGAAAUUAUGUUUUUGAAAAAGGCAAUAAUAAUACAGAUUUAAAGACUUUCAAUUCUCCCCUUUUACAAAGUAUCAAAAAAUGAAAUAUGCAGAUGAAGGCUUUUUUUUUUUUACAUGAGUCCUUAUAAAUUACCAAUUCAUAGUUUGUGCUUUAUGAAUGGUCUAUAUUCAACACUUGCCUGCUGGUAUAUUGUCAAAAAUUGGAAAAUAAUCAAUAUGUGAAAAAUUAUUCCUGAUAAAAUGCAAUAAAACACAUGUAUUGAAUGGCCUCUGGGCAGUAGUCAAAACUAUUUUCCCUUGGUCCCUUCACAACUCUAGCAAUAUUUCUUGCUAUUGACCAGAAAGUCAUUCAGUAUAUAUACUGAAAAAGGAGUAUGAUAAUUAACUUUAAUAUACCAUAAUAUCUUUUGUUGUGACUGUCGGUAGUGUGUAGAGUCAUAAGUUGUCAUAAAGUGUUGGACAAGCAAAAUCUGUGAUUAGUAGAAUUGUAGUUAGUGCAUUUUUAUGAAGGAUUUUAAUAGAAGAGUUUCAUUUCUACCUUCUUGAAGAGGGACAUACGAAUCAUAUCAUUAGAAAGAUUUCAACACUUGUAUGUGAUAGUCCAUUAGUCCCGAAACAUAACGAUAUAAGCAUCUACUGAAAAUUUCCAUACGUGUAUCCAGUCAUUUACUACACAAUAUUGUACAUGGUUUUGAAUGGUGGAAUAAGGUUUAACCUUUAGCCUGCUUGUGGUAAGUGAUUCUGCCUUUGCGACCAGUGCAGACCAAGAUCAGCCGGCUGAUCAUGGUCUGCACAAUUCGCUAUUUGGUCAGUAAAUUUUCAGUGAACACCCCUUCGAAUAAUAAAUGGUAUUGCCCAAAUUGAAUGAUGGAUCCAUCCAAGUGUUAAAUCUGAACAGCUAUAGUAAAUUGUUCAAACAUGUGAAGUUAACAUGAAGGUGCUUUUUUCUAGAAAGUGGACAUACUGGUGCUUUGAUGGUUUUGCACUUAAGACAUUUGUCCAGCUUCAGAAAAGAUCGUUUGUGUAGCAUAGUUUAGCGUUCAGAUAUACAAUGUAACUUAAUUAAAGACUUGUAGAAUUUUUAACUUAUCUCAGUGUUGGCAUGUCUGAUUUUUAAAACAAAUCUCUUAGUUGUUGUUGUCACUUGACCAUCAAUGUCAGUGUCGGCAUUGGUUAAGAAUUUUGUUAAGGUUCAUGUUUUUUUGAAAACCAUAAGUCGCGAAACUUUACAGAAAGGGAAAAUUGUAUUAGUGUGUUGAUCCAAGUAUUUGUAUCAUGUCGAGCUGGUUAUGUUAAAUUUCUAUCUCUCACAUCAGAAUUGUCCUUUUGACUCCGAUGACAGGAAAAUCAACACUACCAAUUAGAUUUGAUACAGACACCCAGAUCAACAUACGUAAAUUUCCGUUUUAUUACCUACCUGUACAUUUUCUACCCCGAAGAAAAGUAUGCACAUUUCAUAAAUAACAUGUUUUUAUUGACAAAAGCAGUCCUAUACAAAAGUCGUCAGUUGUGUAUGGAUACAUCAUGCAGAUCAGCAUACAAUUAAGAAAUAAGGUAUCUUUGUGGUGUAUGUGUUUCCAUUUAAAAUACAACUGUAUCAAACAAGUUCUACAACAUUUCAUUUCAACAUUGUCAAACCAAAUAAUGACUUUUUUUAGAAAAUAAUGUUAAUUAAUCUUUAGCCUGCCGGUGGCAAGUGAUUUUGCCUUUGUGACCAGUGCAGACCAAGAUCAGCCUGCACAUCUGUGCAUGCUGAUCGUGGUCUGCACUGUUUGCUAUUCAGUCAGGAAGUUUUCAGUGAACACCCCUUUGAAUAAUAAGUGGUACUGCCCAAAUUGAACGAUGGACCAGUCCAUUUUAGACAUUUAGCAGGGUAAAGGUUAAUAGCAUAAUGGAAAACCUGUAAAUGAAACCAGGACAAAACAUGAUUGUCGAACAAACCAACUAGGGAGAUACUUGUUCAGAGGACACCUGAUGGAUUAUAAAAGUAGUUUCAGAUUGUUAAAGCCUUAUUUUGAACAGAAAAUGUAUAGGUAGGCAAUAAAUUUGUUUAUUAUCAUUUGAUGAGUAAACAGCGAAGAACCAUAACUUACCUAUUGCAUUUUGCCAGAAAUGUGACUAUUUUUAACAUAGAAAAUUUGUAUUUGUUACUUAAAUGUUGUCUUUAGGUCACCACUUUUCUUGAAUACUGUAAGAUUGGUAGCCGUAAAUUUUUAUGUUAAUUUUCCUGAGCUUAAGCUUUGAAUCUUUGUACAUAAGAUUAAAGUACAUUUGCCAAGAAGAAAAACUUGUAAAUAAUGGCCCUUUUUGUACUUUGUAUUUCUUAGUUAUUAUGUUUUGUCCAGGUUUUUUGUUGUUGAGUAAGAAGGUCAAGAACUGUAACUCUUGUUUUACAUAUUGCUUUCUAACAUCUGUAACAGAUACAGGUGAUGUUAAUGUUUGAUUUGUUUAACAUUUGUGGCUGAUUUCAAACACAUUUAAUCAAGUUUGAAACUGGAAGAGGCAGACUGCAUUACACACACAAUAAGAGUUAAUAAUUUAAUACAGAUAUUAUCAUUUAAGCAAUUUGUCUGCUGUAUAGCUUUUUUCUCAAAUGUAUAAAAAAUUGAGAGAAAAAACUUUUAAUUUUGUUAAUAAUUGUAAAUAUUUAUGUAAUGUAUUUUGUAUAGAAAGAAAAAAAUGUUUAUUUUUGUAUAAACAAAAUUGGUGCAGUAGAUUAAAUAGCAAGGGCAACUGAAACAAACAGAAUUUGACAGCAUUUACAAAAAUGUUAACAAAAUGGCAUUGUUGGAAAAUAAUCUUUCAGAACCGGAAACCAGAAUUUCAAAAUGAACUUCUGAUUUUUGCUUAAACUAAUUUUUCUGAUGGUAAAGAUCAAAACUGAAUCAAUGUGAUUGUUUGUUGUUAUUUAUUGUCUUGAAGCAUAUUUUAAAUUAAAAUCAGGAACAGUAUUUUUACCAGAUUUAACAUAGACAUGUAAUUUUGGAUGUUGUAAAAACAUUAGCCUGACAUUUAUUAUGAUUUUCAGAUGAUCAUGGAAAGAAACUAUUUUAUUUUUGUAGCAAAAUUAUGUAAAACUGUAAAUUAUUAUCAUAUUAUACCAGAUUUAUAUAACGUUCAGACACGUUUAAAGGCGCUGUACCUAGCUCAAAGGCAGCCACGCUGAGGGUGCCAAAUUCAUUCUCUGCUAGUACAGACACAGAGGGAUAGAGUGAGACAAAACCCCUAGAACAGAGAGAGAGAGAAAUCCUUUUUAGAUAUAGGCCUGUCCGGUUAACUUAGCCUAGCUCUUUGCAAAUAGACAGUCUGAUUCUUUAACAUGCCUGCUGUAUAGCACUGAUACAUGUGAAGCCAUCUUACCUGGAAAGAACCAGUACUGACCUCUUAGUUAGGUGGGAGACACUCGAGCAUCUCAGAAAUUUUAUAUAAUGGUGCCUGGACUGGGAUUCGAACCUGGGACUUCUAGAUUGACAGUCAAGCAUGUCAAGUAUGUUACCAAGAGACCACGACGGGCCACCUCAUUUCCCCACAAAUAAAAAAUAAUUCCCCAUGAAUAAAAAAUUAGUUCACCAAAAAUAAAAAAUUAGUUCACCAAAAAUAAAAAAUUAGUUCCACACAAAUAAGAAAAUAGUUCCCCACAAAAAGUAAUGAUUUCACAGUAGUUUAAUAAGUUCUUGUAUUUUAAAUUACCACUGGAAGGUUCUCCAAUACAGUGUUUCAGUUGGCAUUGUUAUGAUGUUAGUCUCUUACAGGCUUCAUUUGUUAUGCAGUAUUAUUUAUUAAAAUGGCAUGUUCUGAAGAUGUAAUGAAUAUUUGAUUCACAUGUUCUUUGACAAACAAAAUUCAAAUUUUCUUUAAAAUUAUCUGCUGAAGAUCAUAUUGACAUUUUACACCAUUCUGAAGAGGUUGGAAAAAUUUACCACUCAGAAUAACGUGAUGAAUUUGUGCUCUCGUUUGAAGAUUUCAUUUUUGUUAGUCUCUACGCUAAUUUAAACUAUAUUAUGACUCUUAAGAACAAGUAAAUGCCUCUCCAAAUUUUGUUUUGAUGAGACAUGUAUUACACAGGUCCCAUAACUCCACUUUCUUUUAGCUCCACUACGGUAUACGAAAUAUAUGGAGAGUAUCCUACUUGACCAAGCAUCGGCCUCCUUGCACAUCCACAUCUUGGAAAAAGUGAUGAUGCACUCUCAUUUUAUCUAUGCUAUUACUUGAAGGAUUUGCUUCAAACUUAAAGUAUUUAUUUCUCAUCAUCACCAACAUCAUAUGACUCAGGGGUGAUAAAUAUAUCAUACAUUAUGCCCCCUUUUUACUUGUAUAAUUUCAGGUUUAAAUUUUGGUGCACUUUCACUCUGCCUCUGUUUUAUCCAAACGGAUUGUAUUCAGAUUUAAAAUAUUUGUUCCUCAUCAUCACCCACAUCAUAGACAGAUGGGCCAUCACUCUUGCACCAAUAUUUAAUAAAUUAUGCCCCCUCUUUUACUUAAAAUUUCAGGUUACUUUUAUGCACUUUCUCUAUUUCCGUUAUUACAUAAUGGAUUUGAUUCAAACUUAAAAUAGUUCUAAAUCAUUGUCCUAUUAAAUAAGGGCAAUAAUUAUUUAAAAACUUAAGUUUAGUUUAUACAAAUUUGUUUUAGCUGUGCUGAAAGCUUCAAGCUGAUUUGAACUACUCUGGAGUCUGCUUCCGGGAAAAAAAUCAGUACUGGUACCAUAUGUGAGGUGUGGUCUUGACCCACCCCCCAAUCCAACCUGCCUGCUUAGCUCAAUAGAGAGAGCGCCAUUCUGCGGAUCACGGGGUCAUGAGUUAGAUCCUCGGGCGGGCCGUAUAUUCUCCGUGAUGAUUUGAUAUAAGACAUUGUGUGUGCAAUCAUUCGUCCUCCACCUCUGAUUCAUGCAGGGAAGUUGGUAGUUACUUGCGGAGAACAGGUUUGUACUAGUACAGAAUCCAGGAACACUGGUUAGGUUAACUGCCCGCCGUUACAUAACUGAAAUACUGUUGAAAAACAACGUUAAACCCAAAACAAACAAACACCCCCACCCACCCCCCUUAGUUGAGCAGCCAACUGAAAAA